AUGAAUCGCGGGAGGCUUUCCCUCUUCCACGCCUUCUUCAGAAACCGAUACCCGUUUCGCCAAUCCCCAAUUGGUUACUUUACUCCACCGACCCACGGCGCCUCCACCUCAAAGUUCCACUCUUUUUCCUCCAUCCCGAGCACCCACUACGCGAUUCGUCAUAGUCCAAGGAGUUUCAGUGGUGGGUUUGGCGAGUUAGACCACACCAAGGAGGUGGACACCAUCAACCUUAAGUUUGCAGAGGCAAGGGAAGAGAUAGAGAUGGCGUUGGAGUCCAAAGACACCGUUUAUUUCAACGAGGAAGCCGAAUGUGCACGCACCGCCGUCAAUGAGGUUUUGGGCAUGUUCGAGGGGUUGUUGGCCAAGUUACCAGAGAAAGAAAGAGGGGCUUUGCAGAGGUCUAUGGGUCUCAAGAUUGAACAAUUAAAGGCUGAACUUGCGCAAUUGGAUGAGUAA